UGCUGUAUCUCAGAGCCUUAGCGAGACUGCCACCCCCAGAAUCCUUUGCGGCAGAUAAGGAAGACUACACUUCCCAGAGGCCCCUGCUGCCCCGCGACCGGAAGUCGCGGGCGAGUUGAGUGUCCUUGCGCGUGGAGCCGAGCAACCAUGGUGGCCCGAGUGUGGUCACUGAUGAGGUUCCUCAUCAAGGGCAGCCUGGCCGGGGGCGCCGUCUACCUGGUGUACGACCAGGACCUGCUGGGGCCCAGCGACAAGAGCGAGGCGGCCCUGCGGCGGGCGGAGGAGGCCGUCCCGCCGGCCGUGUACCAGUUCAGCCAGUACGUGUGCCGGCAGACGGGCCUGCAGCUCCCCCAGCUCCCAGCCCCUCCAAAGAUUCACUUUCCCAUCCGAGAGUCCUGGAAUUCAGGCAUUAUCAAAGUGAUGUCGGCCCUGUCGGCAGCGCCCAGCAAGGCCCAGGAGUACUCCAAGGAGGGCUGGGAGUUUGUGAAGGAGCGCACCAAAUAGCCGGUCCCUGCGGGCCACGCCGGCCCUGGCAGCCUGGGGACAGGGACGCCACAGACUCAGGACUCUGGACUGGCACCCCUCUCCGAGGGCAGCUCCCGGCCUGGGCGGACCAAUAAAGGACUUCGGCAGUGUU